AUGUCCUCGGCGAAACGGCGCCGACGCGUCGGCACAUGCCGCCACGGGACGACGACGGGCGUCGAUUCAGAGCCGCCGCACAUCCCCGACGACAUCCUCAUCGAGAUCUUCGCGCGCUCAGAUGCCAAAACCAUCGUCCGCGCCGCCGCGACCUCCAGGCCCAUCCGCCGGGCCAUCCUCAGCCCAGACUUCUGCCGCCGCCGCAGCCACGCGGCCCGCGCCACCGGCUGCUGCGGCGGCGGCUUCGACCCUGACCUACUCCUCGGCGCUUCCUGCAUGUUCUACAAGCGCUCAUGGUCUCGCGAUGCUUUCUUCCAGGAGCAACGCCUUCCCUUCACCUUCGAAACCGAAUGUCUGGGCUGGCAGGAGCCCAUGGUCUCGCGCGGCUGUCUCGUCGUCCCCCACCGACGCCAUGCCAUCUCCGCUGAGCUGCGCGUCAACACCCUUACCGGCCGCGUGUCCCGCGUCCGUUCCCCUGGCAUCUCUGCUAUGUACCCACGAACCUUGCUCGCCGUCGGCGACGCCGGCCGCUCCUUCCAGAUCCUCGUCGCCGGCACGAACUUAGUGACGAGGAUCUUCUCGUCGGAGCGCGGAGAUUGGGGCCACGUCGUCCACACCCGCCUCCCGCCCAACUUCAUCAGCACCAUCCCGAACCGUUGCUCCCCGCCGCUUGUCCUCGGAGGCACCACCGUCCACUGGCUGUGCAGAGAACAGUGCAUCGUCGCCCUGGACGUCAGCACGGCGAGCGCCACGGUCAUCGAGCUGCCACCCCUAUGCUUCAGCCAGGUGGCGAGGUGCCCCAAACACACGGACAAGGGGCUCCUGGCUUCCUCGGCGCAUGGAAGACUGAGCCUGCUCGUCGCCAGGUCAGGUGCCAUAAGCAUGUGGUCGUUGUCGGCGUCCGCGCCGGCGACUCCGACAACGGCGAGGUGGACCCUGCAGGUGGUGAUCCAGAGGCACGCCAUCGCCAGGCAGCGUCCGGGCUGCGCGGUCCGGUUAUUGCGGUUCGGCGAGCGGAGCGGCGCCGUGAUGCUACAGUGGGGGGAGUGGGGCUUGUCCAGAUCGACCUGGGAUCGAGGGAGGCACGCGUCCUCAGCGACGAGUUCAAGGAAAUCGGCAAGUACCCCCCACUCCGGGCUGCAGCUGUGCUUGCAUGAGACAGACCAGCCCACUCUGUUCGAAAGCGUAAUCAAGAACAUGAAACAUUUCUGA